ACAUAGGAAUCCAGACUUGCACACAUACACACACACACACACACACACACUUGUGCUCCGUGUCCCUCUUUGGGAGGAAGGACUCUCUUAUGAACCAGACGACAGCUCGCGUCUCCCUCUGCUUCUUUUCCUCUGUUGGCAGGUGUUAGAAAUAAAACCAUAAAUAUUUGGCAGAGGGAGCGUGAGACGGCGUGAGAGCAGAGGACAAAUGUCUGUCUUCUUUUGCUGCCGGAGAGACAAGCCAAGGGGAACAAUAUGGAGCAGAAACCUGCAUUUUUAAGUAGUUUGAACAGUCUGUAGUUAUUUUUUUGGUUUUGAUUAAGUUUUGGUUGCAGUAAGAAACUGAACUGGGUGAAGCUCAUGGGAAAGAUGAUAAUCAAGAGGAACACAAAGAAGUCAUGGGCGCUAUAACAUUUCAGCUUCAAUCUUGUAUGGAUUGGAUUUGCACACCGGUUUUGGACCCCGUCCACCCUGCAGUCCACUGAUACCAAUGAGUACCCAUGUGCCUCCUGAGCCAUGCUCCCUGGCUAUGGAUUCUCUCCUCUACUUGACUUCCAGCCUCACCUCCAAGCGUUUCAUUGCAGAGGCGAGAGCUCUGACAUGUGGUUUCCAGGCACAGUUGAGACCCAAGCUCUGAGCGACUCUCGGGAGGGUAGGCCUCUCCUGCGGCAGCAUCAACACAUUGCCGUGUGCCAACAAGAGACGUUGGCCUUCCUUGACCUUCAACAGCCUAGCACUAAUGGUUUUCAAUCACACACACCAGAGAAGCCCAGUUCCUCCCCUUGUUCUGAGCCAGCAAGAUGCAAUGAAAACAGGCCUUCUGACUGGGCCAAGAAUGGGACUACAGACCCGACACUGGAAGAUUUUGUGGAGGUGGUCCGGGAUCGAAUGUGGACACCCAUUACUGACUUACCUGAGACAGUUUAUGAACAGCCUGAACCAGGAUUUAAGUGUCUCAGUUCUAGAGGCUUGUUUUUGCCUCUCUCGCCUACAUGGGUCCCUGGGGACAGGGACUCAUUGGAGUCUCAGCACCAGAGUUCUCCAUCUUCCCCCACAGAGCUUCCAUCUUUGGACCCAGUUCGUCCACAGAGACGCACAUCCCUGGGAUCCAUAAAGGAGAAGUCCAUACGGCGUAAGAUGAGGGUGUACUCUCCAGACAAUCUGAUUGAUUCGGCUCUCAGCAGCCCUGGCCUGGAGUGCGACUACCUGAUCCCAGGAUCCUUUGAAUCUUUCGUAGAAGGAGGGCUUGGCACGGUGGGUUCUACCAUACCCACAUCUCAAAGUUCCAGUCCACUUCCAGGGCUAGAUGAAGAACUCUCUCCUUUUGCCAUUUCAACCCCUCCGAAAUCCUCCUUGGAUUCUCUUCAGGAGACUACUAGAUUAGAGAGGGGCGUUAUUGAUGGGGGUAGGCAAAGGCUAGGACUAGAGGAUUGUGGGGCUUUGGAAGACCCUGCCCUUAACAGUGAGACCUUGCUGCCACUCCCCCGUUCUCGCUCAGCAGACAACGAGCGCCGGCGCUUCUCUGCCUCUGAGCUCAUCUCCCGCCUGCAACUCUCACAGAGGAAAAACUCCUUUACCCUUAAGCUGGGCAAGUCCCUCUCUGCCCGCGUUGCCUCCCGGGACCGCCACCUGUCUGGAAACCUCAGUCCAGAUUACAAACCCAACUCCAGACAACGUUUCUCAGGGGGAUCAAGUGACAGUGUGCCACAUAGCCCUGUGGGGUCUGCACCACCACUGCCCUCUACUGAUUCUAACCUGCAUGUUCAGAGAAAGAUCUCCAAGCAAAGAAUGAGAAGAGUUUCGGUUGAUGAGGAAGGAGGCAGCCCUCCCAGUAGCUCUAAACGUCUAUCACGUUUCCUGCCAAACUUGAUUUUGUAUCAGGAAUACAGCGAUGUUGCUAUUAACAGAGAAAUUCAGAGGCAGCAGGGAGCGGAACCUGGAACUGAUGAGGAAAGGGUGGACUCAGUCUCUUCUGGCAACCUUUCCCCAUCCAGUUCAUUUCGCUCAUCGAGAGGCUCCGCCUUCUCACUUUGGCAGGAUAUCCCUGAUGUUCGGACCAGUGGACAACUGGACAACUUCAGCAAUGAAGAGCGUAAACUACAGGAGGCCAAGUUUGAGUUGGUGACAUCAGAGGCCUCAUACAUACGCAGUCUGUCUAUUGCAGUUGACCAUUUUAUGAUGUCCUCUGAGCUCUGUGAGUGUCUGGGCACACAGGAGAGACAGUGGCUCUUCUCCAAACUGCCUGAUGUAAAAGAAGUCAGUGAAAGGUUUCUUCAAGAUCUGGAGCAUAGGUUAGAAGAGGACAUUUUGCGUUUUGACGUUUGUGACAUUGUGUUUGAACACUGUCCUGCUCUCAGGAGAGUUUAUCUGCCUUAUGUCACCAAUCAAGCUUAUCAGGAACAGACCUAUCAGCGGCUUCUACAAGAGAAUCCCAAAUUCCCUGGAAUCCUUGCCCGCCUGGAAGAGGACCCAAUAUGCCAGAGGCUUCCUCUUACUUCAUUUCUCAUCCUUCCUUUUCAAAGGAUCACACGUCUCAAAAUGCUGGUGGAGAAUAUCCUUAAAAGAACAACUCCUGGAUCACGAGAUGAGGACACAGCCACCAAAGCCCUUAAUGAGCUCAAAAAGAUUAUAAAGGAAUGUAACUCCAGUGUGCAGUCCAUGAAGAGGAUGGAAGAGCUAAUACAUCUAAAUAAGAAGAUUCACUUUGAGGGCAAGAUAUUUCCGCUGAUCUCUCAGUCUCGCUGGUUAGUCAAACAUGGUGAACUAUUAGAGGUGGACACGCAAAACUUGAGUAUAUCUGGGUCAAAGUUUAAACUUACCACUCGGCCCGUGUACCUUCACCUGUUUAAUGACUGUCUUCUGCUGUCCCGAAAGAAGGACACAUGGAAAUUCAUGGUAUUUGUACAUGCAAAGAUUGAAGACCUUAAGGUAAAAGAUCUAAGCCAGAAACUUCAAGGUAUCUCAGGCUUUAUCUUCUACCUGCAGUUAUGUGAGGGACAACAGCUGAAACAUCAGAUCCUGCUCAAGUCACCCACAGAGAGCAGUAAACAGAGGUGGAUCACAGCCAUGUUUCCUUCCAAUCCAAAGGAAGCUAUUGAGCAGACCAAUGAGAAUGAUGAUCUAUCUCAGGUGCAGUGCAUCAAAAGCUACCAGGCUCAGGAGCACGAUGAGUUGACACUGGAGAAGGCGGACAUUCUUCAAGCUAUAACAAUUACUAGCGACGGGUGGGUAGACGGGAUCCGGAUGUCUGAUGGAGAGAGGGGCUGGUUCCCCAAAGCAUACGUGGAGGAAAUCACAAGCCGCAGUGCUCGUUUGCGAAACCUCCGCGAGAACAUUCGCAUUAAGUGCGUCUCACAAAAAUUGGAGGGAGAGACCCUUUAAGGCCUUAAAGUAUGGUAGUCACUGCUACAUUUGCUUCGCCAAACCAGAGUAAAUUUUUAAGUCAUUUAUUUAAAAUUCCCAUGGCUAACAUUCUAGCUGUACUAGUAAGUUAUAUUGUAUACCUUGUAGAUGUCUUUCUUCUAAAAUGUUUUGCAUAUAGAAAAAUAAAGCUAUGCAUUGCAUAUUUGAAUUACAUGGUCAACAACUUUUGCACUUCAGUUGAUUUUUAAGCAUUGGUUCUGUAGAGAUAUUACCUUUAUGGUUUUGUUGAUAGAUCUUUUGCAUGUUUCAAUACUGCAUGUAGUAUUUGAUGCUGAGCUUUUCAAUCUACAGAUGCACUUUGGUCAAAACGCAGCUGUCACGGCUCAUCAUAUUGGGGGCAAAUCUGGAUAUGUAGGCUACUCUGUUAAGUUGUUUAGCAUAAUUAUAAUACACCUUUUACACAGGUUCAGAUGGUAUGUAAGCCAUAUUACAAUCAUGUGUUUUCAUUAGAUUUCUCCAUAGCGUGUCUCCAAAACAUAUGAGCGAGAGGUUUACACGUAUAUAGGCUGCGUCCAAAAGCUCCCCGAGAAAGGAAGGCAUCAAGGCACGUCCGAAUCCAGUGUUUGCUUUACUUCCUGUCUCCUUAAUCUUGACCUUAAUCAGGUCAAGUUUUGAAGGAUACAUAGAUGUGUCUCACAAUGCUAUGCGUAUGCGUCCACAAGGAAUGUGAUUGGUCGAGCCUGGUCGAGUUCGAAAAAAUUAAAUAGUGGCCACGACAGCACCUGGAGUAAAAUUAUGUUACAUUUUCACUUUUUACAACUUUUGAUUGCAUUUCUAUCGAGAAAUUAGUAUUGUAGUUUUUAAAUAUUCGAUUAGUAGUCACAAAGACACUUUCCGUUAAUGUGGGUUCACACCAGCCACGUUUGAGGCUUCAAAUUCGUCUAGUUUGCCGCUUGAACAUUUUGAGUUUACUCUCUUUAUUCGGGCGUGAAAGCGGGGCGAGAAAUUCUAGUCAUCAAGACAUUCACACGAAAAUUCGUGUCAUGGGAGGGGCUUCUGCAACUUUGCUUGUUUUCUUUAAUCACGUCACUACUAGAGCAUGCUCCUGACUGGUUAAAGCAGCUCGUUCUUUUUCCGCCAAAGUUCAAAUUUUCAACUCAAGCAUUUCCCGUGGCAACUAAAUAUGCGAAUGAGGCGGAAUCACGUCUACCGCACCGCGCUAAACGGCUCAUUUGCCCCACAAGACCUCCAGACGCGCGUCAAUGCAUCUUCACAAUGACUUUACAUUGAAAUCACUCGCGCUUGACGCCUCUACCACGGCUGGCCUGAACGCAGCAUUACGUUACCUAUGAAGGCUGUCCGAAUGCGUUUCCCUGAGCCCACUUCAUGCAAUACUGUAAGCUGCCACUGAAGUCAUUGCCUCACGAGGCAGCUGCCUAAUGCGGCUUUCAGACAUGACACAGUGUUUGCUUUGCUGUGCUAUAAAACCCACUCAUUUCAAUGUCUUGCGCCACGCGAGGACGGUUUGUUGUUGCGUCCACCAAAGCACGAGCACAGCGAAGCAUAGGUUGUGCUCACGCCGCGUUCAAAAUAGUUUAACCGCGUCCUGUGUGAAAGCCGCAUAAGCUUUUGGACACAGCCAUACUCUUGUUUUAAGCAAAUUUAUCACUAACCCAGUAAAGCAAACGCACAAUUCACUAGUGUCACAAUGGAACCAAAUGUUAGGCAUUGUGAAUGAUGCUGCUAUAUUGCCAUUAGUCUUCUGUAGAGCAUCAUUUACUAAAUAGUAUUGGAGUAUAAAGAAAUACAGCUUUAAAUUAAAAUGAUGAACGUUAUUUAUGACAGAGAUACUGCUGUUUAUUUUGCAAUGGGCAAUUUCUUUAUGGUGUACCGAGAUAACCUGAGCAUGUUCUAUCAAUCACAUUUGAAAUAUAAUCCUUUACGGUGACUAUGUAAAUAAAAUAAAUGCAAAUAUUCUUACUGGAAA